AUUUGCACCGCGGGUUGUAUUACCUUCACACUUACAAUCAAAUCUUGUUUAUGUAUAGUCGCGGGUUUGCUGCGAAUAUAUUCUAACAAUGAAUUCAGAAAUGCACAUCAGUGAGACCAACACCGCUGCCUCUACCAUCAUCACCGCAAGACGGAGCACCAGCAUCGCUAACCGUACUGUACCAACCGCUACCACCGUACGAACGGUCCAGUGUGGGAAUAAUGGCAAGGGGGCAAAAGUGUUGCUUUUACCUAAGGCCGAAUGCGUCACUAUUAAAGCGGCAAUUCAAAAGCGAUCGGUGGCCAACGAGCAACCGGGGCCCACCAAAAAACUAAAGGUAGAAGUGGAGAGACCAGUACAACAGUCCCAGAACCGAGCAGCACACCAGUCAAACAGUUCUACCGGCUUGCCUAUUGACACUUCCUCACGCGAUUUUCUAGCCGAUUUGGAUAGCGCGUUGUACUCGCCGCUAGAAGACAUUGUCCAAAAAGUUAUGGGAGCUCGCACAGAAGACACCAACGCGGACCCCAUCACCAAUCCUUGCCCCGUCCCCGCUUCGAUUGCUUCUGACCGCUCCACCCCCGUCGAGCCAACCAGCCUCCGUCCCAUCUGGGUGCAGUCACCAUCCCCACCGCCAUCACCGCAUUUUGAAUCACUAACACAAUCGUCGAUUCAGCCGUUGGAACGACCUCUUGCUGUAGGUACCGUCGUCACUGCCAUCCCUACUGCCGAUCUGAUUCUUCCUGCCCCCGUUCCUACCACCGACCCGGCACGUCUCGUCACCGCAGGGGUCGUAGAUCCCAAUGUCGUUCCAGCUCCUACCGAUGUGCUGCAGCUGAUAGCCGAGCUAUCAGCCACUAUGAAUCGUCGCUUCGACGAGCUAGCCGUGCAAAUAGAGUCCCUACAUAAAGGAGUUUCCGUCGUCCGGAGGACAGCGUUGAUUACGGAGGCUGAGCUAAAUCGGGUUCAGAAAGCGGCAUGUCCUAAUUUGGACGGAAGUGUUCCUCCCAUCCCGGAGGGCUUCAUGGUGCAGCCCAUACAGUCGGAGGAGGAGCUCAACGCCAUGGAGCAGAAGUUGGACGACAAGCGGUACAUGGAAGACUGCGUGGGUUGGCUACACAACCAUCUGGUGAGUCCGUUCAUGAACAAACGGCUCAAGAAAGUAAAGGACCUGGUGUUCGAUGCGACUUUUGCUAAGAGUUGCCGGUGGUCUGCACGGAAUAAUAAAAUUGCGUUGUCCACUUUUCCUAACGUGUGUGAGCUGUUCCGGAGAGCUGCAUCCACAUCAAAAUCCUCCGUUACAGCAUCAGACGUAAGUGAUUUUUUUACACGUGUAUUGCGUUAUGUAAAGUAAUCCGGUGAGCUUUAUUUAGUUUAUUUAGUAUAGAUGUGUUAGUUAAGUAAGUUAAAAAGACUAUAGAUAGUUUGUUGCAUAUGCGACACCUUAAUUUUAUAAAUUUUCUAUUAAUUAUGCUUCUCUUUACGAGCGAUUGCUUCAACGAUCAUAAUUUCAAACUUAACGGUCAGUUACGAAUUUAUGGUAAAAACACAUUAAGAAAUAAUAAAUCAUAAAUUCGCAAAACAAACAUACCAUGGCAUGCCGUUUUUUGCUGUGCGAACAUGUGCUCCAUAAUGAAGUUCAGAUGUCUAUAAAAACUUCAGCUGAACAAACUUUGUAAUGGGAUGCUACAGAAUAACCAUAUUCAGGGAUCAGUUUUGCUAUGCUAAAUAAAGAAAAUUCUUUUAACGCAUCGGCAUACGGAGUGACCAUAACACGAUCUGCAUACGCACAACUCGGUGCAAUAAAACAACGAGCGAGGAACAAAAGCAAUCCAGGCACCCAUCCACGGCAAAUAAUAUUAAUUUGUAAUAAAAACUUGCGAUUUUAAACUCAAACUGAAUGGCCAUGUGUGUGUACUGUUAAUUUUUUCCUUCCUGGUGGUUGUCAGUGGACAAUAUUCUCCUACCGAUUUGCAACAUUUUCCUCAGUCAGCGGUCCGCAAACUUUGCGUACGAAAGAGCCAAAUUAUUUAAAAAUGUUCGUAGAGUUUCACAUGAAAAGCCAAAUUGUUAAACCCAGAGCAAAAUUGUGUGAAAGUUCUAUGAAAUAUUUGAACGGGUAAGAACCGCCAUUUUGAUAUCAAAGAGCCGCAUGCGGCUCGCAAGUCGUACUUUGCCUAUCGCUACCCUAAGUGAUUGAACUAUUUCCUUAUAUAAUUCGAAGCCCUGUAAAUUGAUGUUACACUCGAAUUUGUCUCAGCCCGUUGCCAAUAUGUAGAGAUCUUUUGAUGCUAAAAUUUUGAUGCUAUUAGAUCGAUAAUAUUGCUGAGCAUCGAUUUCGUUUUUAAAGAGAAAGUAUCAAUACUUCAUAUUUUGGCCUAAUUGUUUUAAAAUCAUAAUUUGAAGUCCAAUUAUUGAUGGUACACCUAUGAU